AUGGACACCGACAUUCCAACCCUCUUUCCUUCUUCGGCGCUCCUGAAGGUAACCGGUGCGCGUGCGCACGUCAAUCCGAGGGUGUGUGCGCCCAGUUUCCGGCGCCGCGGGACACCCACGACCGCGGGGCUGUCCCUCAGCUCGGCCGCCCGCCCCGCCCCGCCCCCCCGGACCCGCCUCCCAGCCCCGCCCCGGGCCCUCCUCGCCCCGCCCGCUCCGUCCCGCGCCCUCCACCGCCCUACGGCCUGGGCCAGCCUCCACCCUGCCUCUCCGUGGCUCCCCGGGCUGCCCCCGCCCCCGCCCCCGCCCCCGCCACCUCCCCCGCCGUCGCCCCAUUCCCCCAGCCCCCACCCUCGGCUGCUACCCGAGCUUCCUUCACGCGCCGUGCAGUCUCCACGGCGACGCUGCGUCCCCGACUCGGAGCCCCGAGCUCCGCGCGAGCAGCUAGCCGGGCUGGCUCUCGGUGUGUGCCCUUCGGAUGGUCGGCUGGAGAGGGCCGCCAGCUGGACUUCUGUAGACAAGACAGAUACUGUAAAGACAGCAAAGAACAAACAGAAUGGCAGAUUGCUAAUGUUUGAUCCAAAGGAAAAAGUGAUGAUUGAAUCAAACGAAGCAAUGUCAGAUAAAUGCCUCUUUGGACGCAGACCAAGAUUGACAAGCAAACUUAAUACCUCAUCAACACAGGUCUCUCUAAAUGUAGCUAAAACAUUCUCAGAAAAGAAGGAAGUCCCUUCUAAGAAUAUUGAAAAUAAAGUCUCUUUAAAGACUACUGAAAAUAGACUAUCUUCAAGGAGUAUCGAAAGUAAAGAUAUCGUGACAAGUCUACAAUCUGACCUAUUGUCAUCUUCCUGCUUAAAAGAAAGCACAGGUGAAGUGAGCAAAGAUGCAGUCAUUGUAAAGCAGGAGAAAAAUAAUGAAUAUUGCCUUCAGGAUAUUGAUGAUAAAUUGUCAGAAUCAGCAGAGGAUGAUGGUGAAGAUGAUACCAAUGAUGAAGAUGAUGAUGAAGAUAGUAACCCUAAAAAGAAUACUCGGGCCCCACUAGAGUUAAUGGCAGAAUUCCUGAGAGCAGAAAUGGCCCGAGAAUACCAGCUGGCAAAAAAAUUAUGUCAGAUGAUCCUAAUCUAUGAACCAGAAAAUCCUGAGGCCAAGGAGUUUUUCACACUUAUUGAAGAAAUGUUGCUGAUGGAGAAAACUCAGAAUCGUGAGCAAGAUGGUGAAGACAGUGAUGAAGACAGCAGCGGUGAGAGUAAAGGAGAAAGCGAUGAGGAGCUGAGUGACGAGAGCUCUGACGAAGGUGAAGAUGGAUCAUGAGUGUUGGUGUGAUACUUAAAGCUUCACGUAUUUUCAUUAAUGUAUACCAUGCAAAUAUAAAGACGAGAAUGA